UUGAUAAUGGAAUUCGUCUCCAUGGAUCUCCUCAAUGCUCUUGUGCACACUUUGGAUCACGUAUCCAAGGAGUUGCAGAAAGUGUAUGGCGUCCGUGACGAACUGGUAAAGCUACGGAACAUCGUCUCCUCGAUUCAAGGCGUCCUGAAAGACGCGCAGGAGAGUGAGGAGACCAGGAACUCCGUGAAGCAACAGCUGAAUGAACUCCGCGAGGUUGCGUAUCUAGCAAACGACAUUCUGGACGAUGUCACAACAGAGCAGCAACGGCAGCAGCUGAUCAAAUUUGCAGCUGUACGCAAUUUCCUAGAUGAUGUGAAUCCUAAGCGUUUCUUUUUUAAGCAAGAUGUAUACGAUAGGAUACAAUGGAUCAAAACAGAGCUGGACGAAAUAGUGAAGAAAUGCCCCUUGUCCACCUUGACAUCACACAAUGGAUCGCAGAGGACGCAUAUCUCCGAGACCACCUCACUGAGUCCUCCAUGCGUUCUCGGUCGCGAAAGAGAAAAGCAAGAGAUAAAAGAACUGCUCGUGCCAUUAAGUGGACAAUCAGAUUCAACUGCCUCGGUGAUUUCGAUCUGUGGGAUGCCUGGCGUCGGGAAGACAACCCUCGCACAACAACUCUUCGACGAUGAGACUGUGAAGAAGCAUUUCGAGCUCAGACUCUGGGUUUAUGUGUCUAACGACUUCGACUUGAUGAGGAUUAUGAGGUGCAUGAUCGAGUCCAUAGAUAGAUUUAAGUGUGAUUUAGCUAGCCUUAACAAUCUUCAGCAAGAAAUACGAAAGAAGGUUAGCGGAAGGAGGUACCUGCUUGUUCUGGAUGAUGUUGGGCAAGAAAGCCGGGAGUGGGAGAGGCUCAAAAACUGCCUGUACUCAGCUGAUGAAGGAAGCAAGAUACUAGUGACGACUAAAAAUGAGCAGGUGGCUGCUUUCAUGGCGGCUAAUUCACCUCCUGUACUCUACCGCUUGGAGGGCUUAGCGAUGGAGGACUGCUGGUCUUUGAUAUGCCAGCCAGCAUUAUCCCGAAACCCAAGCGCAUCAUUUACGCUCGAUUUCUAUCGGUCGCAUGCUGUCAACAGAUGCGGAGGUUUGCCCAUGGCAGCUAAAGCUUUGGGGCAAAGGCUAGCCAGAGAAGCUGACAGAAACAAAUGGGGGGCGAUCUUGACAAGCCAGUCAUGGGAAUUUUCCGGCGCCGACAGCACAAGAUGCGAGUUGGAAAGGGAUUUCAUCAUUCAACUGUGGAUGGCGCAAGGCUUCAUCCGGCCGAGAGGGACGGAACAGAUGGAAGACGUCGGCAGCGACUACAUCGACUCCCUCAGGCGCAGCUCGUUCUUGCAGUAUUCACAUUUCGAUCACAAGAGCCGUCGGCAAAGGUACGUCAUGCAAAAUGUUUUCCAUGAAUUUGCCCGAUAUGCCGCUGCAGAGGAAUGCUCUGUCAUAGAACCCGGCAUGGAGUUGCAUCUCUCAGCGAGUGUUCGCCAUUUAUCGGUGAACUAUGAAGAAUUUGUAAGGAGAGUCACUCCCGACGAAGUGUACAAAUGCAAAGGCUUGCAGUCACUGCUACUGAUCGGCAACUCCACGAGUCGCCCAAUAAUGGCCCUUCCUGGCGAUCUCGCACAGAAGCUCAGUAGCCUGCGCACUCUGAUGCUCACCAACUCACGCCUGACUCAAUUGCCUGAAUCAAUCGGCGAUCUGAGGCACCUGCGCUGUCUCCAGCUACAAAACACAAGCAUAAAGAGGUUGCCUGAUUCUGUGUCUCGGCUCUACAACCUACAGACCUUGGGUCUCAGAAACUGUUACGAUUUGGAAGAGCUUCCAAAGGAUAUGAGUAAGCUGCGCAAUCUACGGCACCUAGAUCUUCAUCUAGAUGGCAAUUCACAAGGCACCUUAAGAUGCAUGCCACCAGAAAUUGGAUUAUUAACUCACCUCCGGACACUGAACAGGUUUGUUGUGAGUAAAAGGCAUGAGUGUGGUUUAUCUCAGUUGGAGAACUUGAACGAUCUCCGCAGUGAUCUUCUCAUCGAAAGGCUUGACCUCGUUUCCAGUAGGGAAGAUGCUACGAACGCCAACCUAUCGAGCAAGGAACACAUUCACAGACUAGAGUUAACAUGGAACUACAGUUGUGUAACCGAUGCAUCCGCUAGGAGUGCAGGGUACAACAGUAGAGAAAACAUCCUCGAAUACCUCAAACCACAUCCCAGACUGAAAGAGAUCGGAGUCGUCGGGUAUGGAGGAACCUUGCUGCCGAAAUGGAUGGGGGAUUCUUCCUUGUUCAAUCUAGAAACCGUGAGGAUCUCCAAAACUUACAGUUGCCUGAACCUCCUCCCACCUCUCGGCCAAUUACCCAACCUCAAGUAUCUAUUCCUCGAGGAAAUGCAUGGGCUGAAGCAUCUUGACUGUUCAUUCUGUGGCAGGAACGAGAUACGAUUCCCAAAGUUAGAAAAGCUGCAUCUGGAGAACAUGUCAGGACUGCAAGAAUGGUUGGGGGAUCAUCGUUGUGCUUUGCCUUCUCUCAGUGAGCUCACUAUCAAGAACUGUCCUGCACUGCAACAACUUACACAUGAACUCCCAUCUCUGACAAAGUUGGUGAUCGAAGCAUCCCCAUACUUUGCCGGCUUGCCAGAUUUCCCAAAACUCCAAUCAUUAGAAGUAAAGACAAAUGAUGACUGGAUUUGGAGAUCCUGGGCAGCUAUUUCCUUGCUUCCCUCUCCCACUCUCAGUGGACUGACAAGGGCGGACCUGCCUUUCCACAUAGGCAGUCGCCAUGCGUCCAUCCGUCGGUUAGAGAUCAGUUAUUGCAGUCAGUUGAAAUUUAUUCCUGACGGUUGGCUACCUGAGUGCCUGUCGCACUUUGUCAUCAGACACUGCCCUAUCCUGCAAAAUGUACCUGUAGGGUUGACUAGGCUGACAAUGUUAGAGGAUCUGGAGAUUGAGAACUGCGAGCAGCUCGAGCAUCUUCCAGUUGGACUCAGGAACAUGAACUCGCUCGCACAUCUUGAGAUCUCAGAUUGCCCAGCCCUCUCGUGGCUGCCAAGUGAUGGCCUCCCGAGAAAACUUCAGUUUUUGAGUAUCAGUAACUGCCCUGAGCUGAUCCAGAAAUUGCAACGUCAGGAUUUGUUCACUCGUCGACAGGAUCUCCAAGUGUGGAUAAAUGGUGAGCAUGUUGUGACUUGACAAAGGCACUGUUAUUGUUAUUAAAUUAUAU